AUUCAUUGUUUGUCAGCUCUAGCAAGCAACACAAAAAAGAAAAACUAAAGACAAAGCAGACUUACCAAACUAUUCGCAAGAGUAUUUAACAAAAUUCUCAGAUUUAUAACAAUAUUUUGGAAAACGAAUUAACCAGAGUCAAGGCUCUACAUACUAAAGAAGAAGAACAAUAACAACAAAUACAACUAGUGAUAGCAGUGAGCUAAGCAAUAAUAAAUAGAAGACAAGACAUCAAAUUGAACGCCCUCUUCUUGUUUGGUGGUGUGCCCUGUUUCGAAAUUGAGUUUUCUUGAAAUUUUCCAUUUGAUCGACGGACAGUGGUUCAGCUGCCUAGCUGCUGUCUACAUCGACGACGAGAAGGAAAACAACUUUACAUCCCUUAGCAUAAAAACAAACACACACACACCCCCACUAAAGACAAAAAUGUCAGUGACCGACUUUAUAAAGGGCCUGCCCUGUCACAAUGCCGAGAAUUUUUCCCAAUUCAAUACGGAGCAUGCUAUGCGUACCUCACAAAAACGACCAUCGGUCUAUCUGCCCACUGAUGACUAUCCCUCGGAACAACAUAUAGUGCUGGACAAACGUUCGGUGCUGCUGCGCUAUUUAACACAACAAUGGGACAAGAAAAUCCUACCCAAGAAGCGGGAUCAUGCUAAUGAUGGCAGUACGAACAACAGUGGCGGUGGUCCUGGCAACAAUUGUAAAAAGCGUCCACGUCUGGAGGCUGAAUAAGAGUGAUGAAGACUUAAUUUGUAUUUAUGUUUGAUGAACGGAAGGAAUUAAUGCUGCUGGCUGCUGGAUUUCUGUCGUGAUGAAACUGAGAGAUAUGUUUUGAAGUCAUAUAAACAUACAUACAACAACAACAAAUACACUCCCGCAUAUGAAACAAAAUAGAAUUCAAUACACAUAGUUACAUACAUACAUAAAGAACUAAAUUAUUUAAUUAUCCCCCCUCCCCCAACCUUGGGUUUCUCUUGUAUGUUUCUGUUGGUUGUUUUUUUUUUUUUUUUUUUUUUUGAUAGAGAACAAAAAGAACGCAUCUUAAUUUUGUUUUUGUUAAAUUUCUUCUUUUCAAUUUUUUUUUUUGAUCGAACUUCUUCCCCCCCUUUCUUUGGCCUGAAUUAAACACAAAACUAAUUUAAUAACGUACAAUAGUAACUAGUAUUUGAAUGAUUUCGAAUUAAUAAAAUCUAUAACUAUUUAUAAUUUUUUUAAAUAAUAAUAAAAAAAAUCCAAAUCGAAAAUAAU